UCACGCCCCAUGCAGCCCCGCCCCGGCCGCCAUGUUGGGGCGCGAGCGGCGGCGGCGCGGUCGCGGGUGGCGGUCGGAGUUUACGGAGCAUGCACGGCGCGAAGCAGCGUCCCACGGGCGCGCACCCUGGCCAGUGGGUGCUCAUUGCACCAGAGGCUGCUACUGACUUUCCUGAGACACCUGACAGCGAACCUUUGUUUACAAAGCUGCCCAAUCCAAGCACAGGGGAAGCAACCCUUUACUUAUUCAAUAGUGGUGCACAGCAGCUGUUUGAAGUAAAAGCUUUUCAUGAGGAAAAUCGUUCCUGGUUUAUAGGUCAGACUGUUCAACAAGAUGGGCGCCUGCUGUUUGUUACACCGAUGGACCCCUUAUUUCUGAUACUUUACUACCUCAUAAAGGCAGAAAAGGAGCAACAAGGAAAGUUUCAGCCACUCGAUCAAGUUGUGCUAGACGCAGACUAUCCUAACUGCCCAUUGCUGCUGAAGUGUACAGAUGUUAAACAAUACAUACAUCAUAUAACAGAAGUAAAAGAGAUUGCCAGCCAGAAAUUCCACAAAUACAGCCAAGAGAAGACACUGAAGUGGCUGAAGAAGAAGGUCAGUCAAACAGUGAAAGCACUUAAAAGCAACAAUAUAACCGUAGGUGAAAAGGUAUAUGCAGCUACAUUUAUCAGCAGUAAACAGAACACAGAUACUGAAGAAGACUAUGUACGCUAUGCCCAUGGGUUAAUAUCAGAAUAUAUUCCUGAAGAUCUGAGUAAAGAGCUGUUAAAAUACUUAAGGCUCCCAGAACUUAAAAGCCCAGCAGCGGAGCCACCUUUGAAGAAAAGGAAAUUAACAGAUGCCCCUGUGGAAGCAGAAGAAGACUGUACUAACAGCAGCAAUCUGAAAACCAAAAAGGCAAACAGCAAGAUGUCUGCAGCACAGAAGGCUUUGGCCAAAGUUGAUAAGACUGGAAUGAAAUCAAUUUCUGCUUUCUUCAGCUCCAAACCUAAAGCAUCAAAAUAACGGCUUGUUCUUGAAAGAGUUUUUUACAGUGGUUAUUUUUAUGUUAAGCUAAAGACGUCUCCUUGGGGUUUUUGUUAGUAUAGUAUGCGCAGGGCAUGUCUGUGUACAUGGUGGAGUUUGUGAGAGAGCGCGGGACAGAGCUGUUAUGCCUCAGCUGUGCAAAGCAGUGCCAUGCAGAUAUUCCAACUUGGGUCAGGAAUAUAGACUUGCUUCAUUAGCAGCAUGGUCCUGUGAACCAUGAAACAAGGUUUAAGCAUACUUUACUGCAGCUUGUUCUAGAGCAAGCUCAGUCAAGGCUACCACAGUUUUCUCCAUUGCACUCCAUUCCAGGCUGGAAAUAUGCCCUUCUUUGAGUUUUUAAGGAUUUUUUUUUCAUUCAUAAGGAACAUUAUUUUGGGGGGUUUUAUGGAGAUUUUUACCUAGUAUAACACCAGAGUAGGAUUUUAUCAUUAGGUUUUUAUGUUGACCCAAAUCUAAGUGCUGAUGUAAGCGUUGUCAUUGGUGGCAGUUUAUGGAGGCAAAAACAGUGUCUGUAUUGGGAUUCCAGUUGGCUUGAAUAUGCUAAAACCAAAUUGCAAUAAAUGUCAAUCGACAUAUAAUGCAAUAAAGUGCUUUGUGUAACAAA